AGAUAGCAGUGGGCCAUCCACUUCGUCGAGUUGGUACUAUGAAGAUGUCGAUGGCAAACAAUGGCAACAUCAUUCUGAUUCAAUACCGAGAGAUUACCCACUGACCAGAAGCGGUCAUGAUCGAUGGCCAAAUCAAAUUGAAUAUUUGGUUCAAACAUACGCGAAACUCAGGGAACGCAGACGUCUUGUGUAUUGUCCGGGCACUUUGAGAGAUAUUCUGGGAGGGACUGAGCCGUUGGUCGAAUUAUUGAAAAUGAGUCAAGGAAAAACGCAGGUGGAGAAGGUAAAAGCAGAGAUGUGA